AUGUCCAGUGUUACUGAAAAAAUUUUUCUUAAUGAUGGACCAUUUAUAAUUAAAGUUAUCGAUGAUAUUGCUGGAGAACAACUAACAGAAAAUGCUUCUUUACGUGUGAUAUUACAAUGGUAUGAAAAACAUAUCUAUAGACAUUUGUAUUUACCACUUUUUCAAACAGAUUCAAAGACAACAAUUAAUUGUUCUCAUAGUGAUGCUUUAUUAGCGGCUAUUGAACUUUUGUAUAAUAUAGAAAAGACAACCGCUAAUGUAUAUCUAUCACAAACAGCAAGCUUAUUUCCUUUAAAAAAUUAUUCAUUCACUCAUCAAACAUUAUUAUUAAGUUAUGAAUCAUGGACACAUACACUACGUGAUCUUUCAACUUAUUCUUCAUAUGCAAUAGAUGGUUGUCAUUUACGUCUUCUAUUUAUAAUAUAUCAACUUCUUAAAAUCAUUGCAUUUAUUCAUCAACAUGGUUUAAGUUGUGGUCCAAUUCAAUUAACAGAUAUUCAUAUAAAUGAACGAUAUUGGAUUCAAUUAAAACCUCGUUUUCAAUCUUGUUUAGCAUCUAUUGAAUUCGUUUCUAAUGGUAGUCAUAAUAAUACUGAUGAUGAUUAUCAUAUUUAUCCAUCAUCAACAUCAAAUUCACGUAAAAAUAGUGUAACACCUGCGACUGCAUCAACACAAAAAACUCGUUUAAUCAGUCAAAAUGAGGAAGCAUCCGUUAUAUCAACAAGAACAACAAAAUUCUCCCCAACAACAUUAACAAUACUUUCACAUUCACCUGUUUAUCAUGUUGAACAUCGUUAUGAAACAUAUUGUCAAACACAUAUUGAUAUUGUUGAAUUAAUAAAAGAAUGGCAACUUGGACAUAUAUCAAAUUUUGAUUAUUUAUUAAUAUUAAAUGCAUUAGCUGGACGAAAAUUUCAUGAUCCAAAUAAUCAUUUAAUAUUUCCAUGGAUAAAUGAUUUUACAAGUUCAACGUAUAAUCUUCGAGAUUUAUCACAAUCAAAAUAUCGUUUAAACAAAGGAGAUGCACAACUUGAUUUAACAUAUAAUUAUUAUUCAACAUCAAUAUCAUCAACAACACAUAUUGUACCACAUCAUUUAAGUGAACAUCUUUCAUCAAUAACAUAUUAUGUUUAUAAAGCACGUCGAACAGAAAAACGUAUUUUAUGUGAAAAUGUUCGUGCAAUUUGGGUACCAAAUGAAUAUCCAUCAUCGAUAGGACGUUUAUAUUUUUGGACACCUGAAGAAUGUAUACCAGAAUUUUUUUAUGAUCCAUCUUUAUUUCAAUCAAUUCAUGAUGAUUUAUCAGAUUUACUUGUACCAGAUUGGUGUUCAAGUCCAGAGGAAUUUGUUGAGAAACAUCGACAAUUAUUAGAAAGUCGAGAAAUAUCAGAAAAUCUACAUUUAUGGAUUGAUUUAAUAUUUGGUCAUAAAUUAACUGGUGAGAGCGCAGUUGAAGCAAAAAAUGUUUGUCUUCCAUUAGUUGAUCAUCAUGAAGAUUUGCGUAAUGGAGGAAUUGUACAAUUAUUUCUUAAACCACAUCCUCCACGGUUUCUUUCCUCUGCACGUCAAAUGAUUGAGAAUUCACCUUCAUUAACACCUACACGUCAUUCUACAUUACUUGAUGAUGAACAAACAAAAAAAUUAAGAACAUCAUCAAUUGGAAGUAAGAGUCGAUCAAGUGAUUCCCUAUUAUUAACAAAUGAAUUAAAUGACACAUUUUCUCAUUUGGAUGCUAUUGAACAAUUACUUUUAUUAACUUCAAUUUCAUUUGGUAAACUUCCAUCAGCAAGUCUUAAUCAUCGAGGAACAAAAUUUAAAUCAACAUUUUUAAAUGCAUGUCAACUCGAUUUACGAUAUUUUGGUGUAUGUUUAUUAGAAUUGAUAUUACUUAGUAAACAGCAUUAUAUAUCAGCUAAUUUCAAUGGUUCUCAACGUUUAGCAGCAGCUAAACAAUUGCUAAAUAAUAACUGGCAACUUAUACCUAUACCGUUUCGUACGUGUCUUAGUUUAUUAUUAUCGGAUAUGACAAAUGAAAAUGAAAGUAGUCAUCAACAACAAAUUUCAAAUUGUGCUAUUAAUGCUGGAUUUUUUUUAAAUCGUUGGACAACACCUCUUCCUUUCCCAUAUUAUUUCGAAGAACUCUAUCGAUUUAUUCAUCAACUUGAACAAUUUGAUCAACAACUUCUUCUUGGUCUAACAUCAAUUGAACAAAAACUUAUUCAUGAUAGAAAAUUUCAACUUUUACAAGCACAAAUUCCAUCAUUACUUUUAUCAUUACAUACACAACAAGCACAUGAUUUACUAAUGCCGUAUAUUCUCGAUGCUUUUCGUCAUCCAAUUUAUGGUAUUCGAUGUAUUUAUUUUCUAUUUAAUCCAAUAGCUGUUGUUCUGGGUCCGGAAGAAUCUCGACGACAAUUAUUCACAUUAAUUCAAACAGCUUUAAAUCCAGAAAGAACAACAAUUUAUCAUUGGCGUUGUUUUACACAUCGUUUUAUCAUUCAAUUAAUUGCACGUUUUGGUUUAACAAAAUUUUUACAAUCAAUUCCAAUAUUACUUGUUGAAGCAUGUUCAGGUUUUAAAGAUGAAAUCAAUCUUAAAACUGAAAUUGAUGAUGAUAAUAUUAGUACAAAUGAUUCGAAUACUGAUACAGAUGAUACAAAUAAUGAACGAUCGGAUACAGUUACACCAACAGAUUAUGAUGCAACUCCUGUUGAUUUAAAUGAAGAACAAUAUAAUUCAAAUCUAUUAUCAGAUUCAGCUGUUGAAAGUAUUACUUAUCUACAAUUAAAAUUAGGUCCUGUACUUGGUUGUAAAUAUUUUGGUCGCCAUUUACUUCGUAUGCUUGCAUUAUGUUAUGUUGAUGAUGAACAAUUACAAUUAUUAUCAACAGAUAAAAACCCAUUUAAAAGUAUACGUUCUAUACGUGGUGAUGUUAAUGCGAAGAAAAUAAUUGAUUGUCUCUUAUCUCUUAUUCAAAAUUAUGGUGAACAAAUUAUUCUUCUAUUCUGUUUUCCACAUUUAAUUGAAGCGAUUCGAUUAGCAAAUCAUCGAUUAACAAUUCGUACUGAAUCAUCUUUACUUAGUUGUAUGGUUCUUUUGAAAGCUAUUCUUCCAUAUAUGAGUGAUAGUACAUUAAUGACUUAUUUAAAAGAUCCAAUUAAAGAUCGAAUAAUUCAUCCAUGUCUUAUUUUACUUUCAUCAAAUACUGUACAUUUUCCAUCAUUUGAUCGUGCUCGUUCAAUAACUGCUUAUCGUGUACUCGAUAUAUUAUUUUUACUCAGUUUACGUUUGGGUUAUGAAAGUACACGUUUAUAUAUGAAAGAUUCUAUUCGAGCAUUUUUUGCUUGUUUUCAAUCAAUAUGUGAACCAACAGAUGAUACAAAUCGAUCUCGUACUACUUCAAUUAUUGGUUUUUCUGUAAAUCGUGCAAAUUCUCCAGGAUCAAUAUCGGGUCCUCAUACAAAUGCUAGUAGUACAGAUGGUGAUGAAUAUUGUCGAAUAACUAUUGAUAGUCUUACAAAUUCUUAUAAAAUUGGUGCACCUGUUACACCACGUACUACUGAUGAUAGACAAAGACGUAGUGUUAGUCAUAGUUUAUUGACUACACCAAAUAUCGAAGAUGAUAGUUCAUCGUCAUCAAAUAUUCAUACACGUGAAUCAAUUCAACAAGAAAUAGAUGCAACAUUUACUGGUGAAUUAGCAUGUACAGCAUUUGUUCAAUUUUGUCGUUUAUGUGGAGAUCAACAUAUGAAUUCAUUAGUAACGAGAAAUGACAGUAUCUAUGCUUGGAUUUCUGAUUUAACGUCAAAACCAGAUGUAAUGUCUCGAAAUGAUUCAAUUUCUGCUAAUGAUGUUCUUAUGUCGAUUCGUGAUCGUGAUAUUCGACAUCAACAAUUAGAUGAAAGUCGAUUUUUACGUAAAAAUUGGCUUUCCUAUUGGGAACAUGAAGUAGGUCGUAGUGAAAAUACAAUAUUAAGUUUUAAACAAAUUCAUUUACAAUCAUUUGUUGGUCAUACAAAUGCUGUUCGAAGUCUAUGUGUACUUGAUGAUGAAUCAACAUUUAUCAGCGGAGGUCGAGAUCAAAAGUUACUUGUUUGGAAAGUUGAAAAUCAAAAUGACAAUUCAAUAAAAGUUGAAAGUCGAUGGUCAUAUAAUGGUUAUCGUAAAUCAGUUUUUGCUAUUUCAUUUCUUGAAAGUCUUCGAUUAGCAGCAACAUGUGAUGGUUCUGUUCAUGUCUUAGAUCCAUUUCGUGGUCAAUUAGUUUGUCGUUAUUCACAAUCAAAAGAUACUUCAGCAUAUGCAGCUAUGGCAGCUAUGCCAGCACCUAGUACAAAGAUCUUAGCAGCUACUAGUGAUGGAAUUGUCAGAUUUCUUGAUGUUCGAACAAAAGCUUUUGCUUAUGAAUGGAAAACUACAUUGGCUACCGGUGGUCAAGUGAAAACAUUGGCUAUUAGUCCGAAUGCAUAUUCAGCUGUAAUUGGAUUUACAACGGGUACUGUUUCCGUAUUUGAUGUUCGUUCAGGCGGUAUUUUAGGAACAUUAAAAGUACCAGAAGGAGAAGUUUUAAAAGCAAAUUUUUAUAGUCGCAGUCGUUUUUUCACAAGUUCAGGUGAUGGUUCAAUAUUUCUUUGGAAUACAAAAGAAUUAGCACAAGCAACUCCAACACUAUUAAAAUCACAUACGGAUCCUGCUCCAUUUGUACUAACAACACGUAGUGGAGAAGUUAUUGUUGCUACACAAACAAAUAAAUUAUGUAUCUAUUCAAAUAUAAAAGGAGGAGCACAGAUGGAUUGUCAAUGUACACGACUUCAAUCAGAGAAUGUUAAAGGUACAGUUUCAUCAAUGGCAUUAUUUCCAGAAAAUCGUCUUUUACUGUUCGGUUCCGAAAAUGGCAAUAUCGAAUUAUUGUGUUAA